CUGAAGAUGGGCCCAGUAGGUGCAGCGGCGGAUGAGAACCAGACUGUAGAAGCAAAGGUGGAGCCCUAUGGGCCAGGGGACACCACUCCUAAGGGUGGACUGCCCCCUGAUCCUGAGCCGGAGCUCAUAGAUAGCACCAAGCUGGUUGAGGUACAGGUGGUCCUCAUAUUGGCCUAUUGCUCCAUCAUCUUGCUGGGGGUAGUUGGCAACUCCCUGGUAAUCCAUGUGAUAAUCAAAUUCAAGAGCAUGCGCACAGUAACGAACUUUUUCAUUGCCAACCUAGCCGUGGCAGAUCUUUUGGUGAAUACUCUGUGUCUGCCAUUCACUCUUACUUACACCUUAAUGGGAGAGUGGAAAAUGGGUCCAGUCCUGUGCCAUUUGGUGCCCUAUGCUCAGGGUCUGGCAGUACAAGUGUCUACAAUAACAUUGACAGUCAUUGCUCUGGACCGCCAUCGCUGUAUUGUCUACCACCUGGAGAGCAAGAUCUCCAAGAAAAUCAGCUUUUUGAUUAUUGGUCUGGCCUGGGGCAUCAGUGCCCUGCUAGCAAGUCCCCUGGCUAUCUUCCGAGAGUACUCACUGAUUGAGAUCAUUCCUGACUUCGAGAUUGUGGCCUGUACUGAGAAGUGGCCUGGUGAGGAGAAGAGUAUGUAUGGCACAGUCUACAGCCUUUCCACCUUACUAAUCUUGUAUGUUUUGCCUCUGGGCAUCAUAUCUUUCUCCUAUGCCCGUAUCUGGAGUAAGCUGAAGAACCAUGUCAGCCCAGGAGCUUCAAGUGACCAUUACCAUCAGCGAAGGCACAAAACAACCAAAAUGCUGGUGUGUGUAGUAGUGGUGUUUGCAGUCAGCUGGCUACCCCUCCAUGCCUUCCAACUUGCUGUGGACAUUGACAGCCAUGUCCUGGACUUGAAGGAAUAUAAACUCAUCUUCACAGUGUUACACAUUAUUGCUAUGUGCUCCACCUUUGCCAACCCCCUUCUCUAUGGCUGGAUGAACAGCAACUACAGAAAGGCUUUCCUCUCUGCCUUCCAGUGUGAGCAGCGGUUGGAUGCCAUCCACUCGGAGGUUUCUAUGACCGUCAAGGCUAAAAAGAACCUCGAAGUAAAAAAGAACAAUGGCCCCACUGACUCUUUUUCAGAGGCUACCAAUGUCUAA